AUGGCGGCAGCGGCGAUGUCCGGCGAGGCGCUCGUCGCGCACGUACUGAGCACCAACGGCGACGCGACGCGGCUGUUUGGCACCGGAAGCCUGACAGAGGAGUUCGCACUCAAGCGCGCGUACAAGGCGAUGGCGCUGCGCCUCCACCCUGACAAGAAUACACACGCCGGCUCGCACGAGGCAUUCCAGCUGAUGCAGCGGGCCUUUGAGGCCGCACUGGAGUCACUGCGGUCGAGGGCGCCGGCGCCAGCAGCAACGCAUGCGACGCCACCACCUCCCCCACCCCCGCAACAACGACAGCGGUCUGCUGCUGCUGCUGCUGCUCGUCCUCCGCCCUCUGAUAUUUACCAGCAACAACCACAAAAACAACGCGAACAGCAGCAACGUGGUGCGUUUUCGGAUAAUGACCUCUUUGAGAUACCGCUCCCACCUGAUGUUUUUGGUGAAUUCACGGUACCCAGUGGAGCAGCAGCAGCAGCAGCAGCAGAAGCGACUGAACAACAAGGGUCCAGACCACUGGAAAGGUGCACGAAGCCGCUCCCCGCAUUGGAUCUCUCUAGUAGUGACGGCGACAACAACGACGACCACUGGGAUGAGAGGGUCUGUCAGACCCCCAGGCGUGAUAAUGAGCAGGAAGGUGUGAAGAAAGAAAAAAAGACUGCGGAGCGACGGGCGGUGCGGCAUCAGAAACGGGAUGCGAGUCGCAGCAGCCUGAAACAAUUAUUCGCAGAGUUCAAUAUAUCGGAUGACGAGGGAGAAAAAGAACAGGAUCAUCACCCGGGCGGCAGCAGCAGUAGCGGGAGAGGCACGCAUAGGGAGCCAUGCUCAGCUCCACCGCGGCAACAACAGGAGCAGCCCAACAGUCAAAGGGCUACCACAAAUAAAGUUUGUGCGACGGUGGCGUGUCCGUCUUGUGGUGCAGGAAAAUUCCCUGUCCAAAUUAUGGCGGGCGUGGUGUGCCCAGCGUGCCGUUUUCAAUUUGUGCCCACCGCUGUAAGCAUGAUGGCUACGGAGCGUCAUGCGACUGGGCGUAAAAAGGGAAAUGCUUCGCUGGGAGAGAUGUGCGCAUGUGGUCGAGCAAAGAAAGGUCUGUGCUUUCUCUGCAACUGA